GCGAUAGCAUCAAACUGUACGCCGCUGCGUCCCUAUAUCGACCCGCAAGCAAAAAAGAAGGUCGCCACUGGUCCAAAAAUCUCUCGUCGCCAGCCAUCGUGCAAAAAUCUCGCCGCCAGCGCUUCAUCUCGCGGCGUAAUCAGCACACCCAGCCUGGGGCCGCUGGAACGCCGCUAGACGCCGUCGCAGCGCUACCAGCGGCAGCGAGAAGCGCGGGAACGCUGCGCGACGCCGCCGCCGCGGUGCAGCGAGAGCGAGCGGCGCGGGAACGCUGCGCGACGCCGCCGCCGCGGUGCAGCGAGAGCGAACGGCGCAGGAGCGCGGCGCAGCGGCGCAGACGAGAGAAACGAGAGGCAGCAAGCCCGCUCACCGCCCGCCCCCGCAGGUACGGCUUAAUUCGUUCGCUGCGCCCGACGCUGCGGACCGCUGUACCGUUCGGACGCGCACCAUGGAGAACGCCGCGGCGUACACGAUGCUUGUAUUAGGCGGCAACGCCAAGCCGACGGCGGACCAGGUCAAGGCCGUCGUCGUCGCGGGCGGCAAGGCCGAGCCCGACGAGGAGAGCAUCGCGGCACUCAUCAAGGACAUGGAGGGCAAGGAGCUCGCAGCGGUCAUCGACGCGGGUAUGGAGAAGAUCAAGGACGUGCCCAUGGGCGGCGGCGGCGGCGGCGGCGGCGGCGGCGGGGGCGGCGGCGGCGGCGGCGGGGCCGCGGCCGAGGAGGAGAAGAAGGAGGAGGAAGAGGAGGAGGAGAUCGACAUGGGCGGCGGCAUGGACAUGUUCGGCGACGGCGGCGGCGGCGACGA